AUGUCUCUGAAGUCUGACGCAGUGUUCGCCAAAAUCUCCAAAAGGUUGGAGAGUGUAGACCCGAGCAACCGGCAGGUGGAGCACGUGUACAAAUUUAAGAUCACUCAGGGCGGCAAAGUAGUCAAAAGCUGGAUUUUGGAUCUGAAGAACGUAAAGUUAUCCGAGUCAGAUGCCGACGCUGAGGCAACUCUAAUCAUGGAAGACGAUAUCAUGUUUGCCAUUGGAUCCGGUACCCUGCCAGCCAAGGAAGCUAUGGCACAGGAUAAGAUGGAAGUUGAAGGCCAAGUGGAGCUGAUCUUUUUGCUGGAACCUUUCAUCACCUCACUGAAAUGA